AGUCCAUUCUCAGUCUCCCUGCCAACCACACCCCAGCAGGCAACUCCCCUCCCGGGGAAAGGAUAAAGGCUCUCCAGUCUGGGACAGUAGGGAAGGAGCCAGCCGCCUGUUGCUCAGAAGGGCUGUUCCAGUAGCCGAGCCAUGCCUAGGUACACGGUGCACGUGCGUGGGGAAUGGCUGGCGGUACCCUGCAAGGACGGGAAGCUCUCUGUAGGCUGGCUGGGCCGCGAGGCUGUGAGGCGCUACAUGAAGAACAAGCCGGACAAUGGUGGCUUCGCAUCGGUGGAUGAAGUGCGCUUCCUCGUGCGCCGGUGCAAGGGCCUGGGCCUGUUGGACAAUGAGGACCUGCUGGAGGUGGCCUUGGAGGACAAUGAGUUCGUAGAAGUGGUCAUUGAAGGUGAUGUAAUGUCUCCUGACUUCAUUCCCUCACAGCCGGAAGGAGUUUUCCUAUACAGCAAAUACCGGGAGCCUGAAAGGUACAUUGCCUUGGAUGGGGACAGUCUGAGCACAGAGGAUCUGGUCAACUUGGGGAAGGGACAUUACAAGAUAAAGCUCACUUCAACUGCCGAGAAGAAGGUGCAGCAGUCCCGGGAAGUCAUUGACAGCAUCAUAAAAGAAAAGACAGUUGUGUACGGCAUCACCACAGGUUUUGGGAAGUUUGCCAGAACUGUAAUCCCCGUCCAUAAGCUACAGGAGCUUCAGGUCAACUUGGUUCGUUCCCAUUCUUCAGGUGUUGGGAAACCACUCAGCCCUGAAAGAUGUCGGAUGCUCUUGGCUUUGAGGAUUAACGUUUUAGCUAAAGGAUACAGCGGGAUUUCCUUGGAGACCCUGAAACAAGUUAUUGAAGUGUUUAAUGCCUCCUGCCUGUCCUACGUUCCAGAGAAAGGAACUGUGGGUGCUAGUGGAGAUCUUGCACCUCUCUCUCAUCUUGCUCUGGGACUCAUUGGAGAAGGAAAAAUGUGGUCCCCAAAGAGCGGCUGGGCUGAUGCUAAAUACGUCCUAGAAGCCCACGGGUUGAAACCAGUUGUUCUGAAACCAAAAGAGGGCCUGGCACUCAUUAACGGGACCCAGAUGAUCACUUCCCUGGGCUGCGAGGCCGUGGAGCGAGCCAGCGCCAUUGCUCGGCAGGCUGACAUUGUGGCUGCCUUGACCCUCGAGGUGCUGAAGGGCACCACCAAAGCCUUCGAUACUGACAUCCAUGCUGUCCGCCCUCACCGUGGGCAAAUUGAAGUUGCUUUCCGGUUCCGGUCCCUCUUGGACUCGGAUCACCACCCAUCAGAAAUCGCAGAAAGCCACAGGUUCUGCGAUCGUGUCCAAGAUGCAUACACCUUACGCUGCUGUCCACAGGUCCAUGGCGUGGUGAAUGAUACCAUAGCAUUUGUGAAGAACAUCAUUACUACAGAACUGAAUAGUGCUACAGACAAUCCUAUGGUCUUUGCCAGUCGAGGAGAGACAAUUUCGGGAGGAAACUUCCAUGGUGAAUACCCAGCCAAAGCCCUGGACUAUUUGGCCAUUGGCGUCCACGAACUCGCGGCAAUCAGUGAGAGGAGAAUCGAAAGGCUGUGUAACCCCUCGCUCAGCGAGCUGCCUGCCUUCCUGGUGGCGGAAGGAGGGCUGAACUCCGGCUUCAUGAUAGCCCACUGCACCGCAGCAGCCCUGGUUUCUGAGAACAAGGCUCUGUGCCACCCUUCGUCGGUGGAUUCACUCUCUACCAGUGCUGCCACAGAGGACCACGUCUCCAUGGGAGGAUGGGCAGCCAGGAAGGCCCUCAGGGUCAUCGAGCACGUAGAACAAGUGCUGGCCAUCGAGCUCCUAGCUGCCUGCCAGGGCAUAGAGUUUCUACGGCCCCUGAAAACAACCACUCCGCUGGAGAAGGUUUAUGACCUGGUGCGCUCCGUAGUCAGGCCCUGGAUAAAAGAUCGCUUCAUGGCCCCGGACAUCGAAGCAGCCCACAGGCUACUACUGGAGCAGAAGGUUUGGGAAGUUGCUGCACCGUACAUCGAGAAAUACAGAAUGGAGCACAUCCCAGAGUCCAGACCACUUUCUCCAACUGCGUUUUCAUUAGAAUCCCUGCGAAAGAACUCAGUGACCAUCCCUGAGUCUGACGAUCUUUAAUGGGCUUCCUCGCGGUGGGGCACAUCGGAUGUGCCUGAGUUCAGCACCUCUUUUCAAACAUGCUCUGGUUAGGCCCAUGGCAGAAUGCAGCCGCUGGCUCCACAGCCUUAUUGCCAUGGUGGCUGGCUCAAGAGCCUUGUUCUUGUUGUCAUGGUUCAAGGAGUGCUGGCUGUCUUCAGGUGGUGGAGUUUUCUUUCUUGGCCAUUCUUUUUUAAGAACGGCCAUAAUUCCUUAGGUCUAUUUUUACUCUUAGUGUUAGGGAAAUCAUUAUUUCAGAACAUUCUUCUUAAAAACAUUAGAUUUUUUGUGAAGUUCUAAAAGCUUGUCUGUAGAAACUCUCGACUAAGUGACUUUCUUCGAUUGAUUGGACCGUACCAUAACCUGACAAAUAUGCCUCAAUUCAGAGUUUGUCCUUAAGCCUUUCCUCCUUCUGCUAAUUGAAUCAUAGAAAAAGUCUUAAGUAAGGGGUGCUAGCUCGGGGGGGGGGCAUAAUUGAGUUCCAUAACUGAGUUCAUAGUGAGGAUCCAAAUUGAGUUCAGAUCGUGAGCUUCAGUGUAAAAAUAAAAAUAAAAAGCCGGGUGAGGUAGUGGGCACCUGAACGCUGGGGGGCUCCUGGGGGCUCACUACUCAGCCCGUCUUACAGAAAUAGUGAAUUCCAGGUUCAGUGAGAGACCCGGCCUCAAAGCAAUGGUGCAGGAAGUGCUAGACAAAGACAUACUAAUGUUUACCUCUGGGCUCUGCAUGUGCCCACAGGAGCAAGUGCACAUGUAAACAUACACAACACACACACACACACACACACACACACACACACGAGGAGGGGAACAGGUUUGAAGCCAUUAACUACAGAGGUUAACAGUUCUUUUUGGGGGGAUUGCUUUUGGUUGUUAUCUGUGUCCUGUGCUUAAAUCACCCCUCAAAGAAUGAAAAGGAGUCAGGGGGGUGAACAUAAAGAUUGCCCUGGCCUAA